ACAAUUUGCCAGUAAACAUUUGGUGACGUCACCUUCAUGCGCCAAAAACACAUAAGCUUUUCUUUUUAUGAAGUGUGCUUUAGUUAACGUGUUGUUACUUUUUGAAUUUAAAAAAAUGUGACACUGAAUUCUCAUGUUUGCCUGAACUAUCACCGGAAGACUCAACGACGAACAAUUAGAAGCAAACAUCGCAAACAGAAGAUGAAAGAUUUCAGACUUGGCUGCAUCGGUAACGUUAGCCUGCAGCUGAAUUAGCUGUUGGGAGUAUUUGAUAUUUUUCUCAUGCGACAACCAUGGCAACUUUAACAAGACAAGAUAUAAACUUUGGACAAGUGGUUGCUGACAUCCUCUGUGAGUUUCUGGAAGUUGCCAUUCAUCUGAUCCUUUAUGUCCGAGAAGUGUAUCCCUCUGGAAUAUUUCAGAAGAGAAAGAAAUACAAUGUUCCUGUACAGAUGUCAUGUCACCCAGAACUGAAUCAGUACAUUCAAGACACUCUGCACUGUAUUAAACCACUGAUUGAAAAGAAUGAUGCGGAAAAGGUGGUGGUGGUCAUCAUGGACAAAGAGCACCACCCUGUGGAGAGAUUUGUGUUUGAGAUGUCCCAGCCUCCAGUGCUCUCCAUCAGCCCGGACACUUUGCUCUCACAUGUGGAACAGCUGUUGAGGGCCUUUAUCCUGAAGAUCAGUGUGUGUGAUGCUGUUUUAAAUAAUAACCCACCAGGUUGUUCAUUUACAGUCCUUGUACAUACCAGAGAAGCUGCCACACGCAACAUGGAGAAGGUCCAGGUGAUUAAGGAUUUUCCAUGGAUAGUUGCUGAUGAGCAGGAAGUUCACAUGAAGGAGCCCAGACUCAUUCCACUAAAGACUAUGACAUCUGACAUAGUUAAGAUGCAGCUCUAUGUUGAGGAGAGAGCCCAGAAAACAUAGAUCCUUCUCUCAGCAGACUAAACACCUGCAGCUACAGUAAAUAAAGAUCACCCACAAUGUUGCUGCUGAGACUGUCACUGCACCACACAACAAUGAGUGUUUGUGUUGGAACACAUGGUAUUAGUAAGAGUGACGUGUUUUCAUUGGACCAUGGAACAUGUGUGUGAACACGACACUGCAGUUGGAUUUGGAUUGUUUAUAUUUGGAUGAACUCUGUUGUUUAUAUGUGUACAAUUCCUACCAUGAACAUUUUGAUUGUGUGUAUGUCUGUUUAUAAGUGUCUCAGCAGAUCAGAAAUCCACUGUCCUUGCGAGAGGUGCAUGUCUGUAUGUAUGUGUGACUGUGUGUGUUCAAAAUACAAAACAAUGCAUGAUUUUCAAUUCAUUUUUAUUGUGAUAUUGAAAAUGUUAUAAAAACUGUUCUAAAAACUCACAUUAAAAACAAGCUUGUGGAU